CGGUAUUGUACAGGGAGGGACUUCCGGGUUUUUGGAAGCGUCGUGCAAAGCUCCGCCCCCUCGCAGAUUCCCGCAAGAAGAUGGCAGGCAGCGGCUGGAGGUCAUUGAUCAGUCGCUUGACUGGAGCAGUCAAUAACCAAAAUGGAGCCAGAGCCUUUUCCAGCAAUAUGCAGACAGUCACUCUGAUACCAGGAGAUGGGAUUGGGCCAGAGAUUUCCUCUGCUGUCAUGAAGAUUUUUGAGGCAGCCAAAGCACCCAUUCAGUGGGAAGAGAGAAAUGUUACAGCCAUUAAGGGUCCGGGUGGCAAAUGGAUGAUCCCCCCUGAAGCCAAAGAAUCUAUGGAUAAAAACAAAAUGGGUCUUAAAGGUCCUUUGAAGACUCCAAUUGCUGCUGGACAUCCGUCCAUGAACCUGUUACUUAGAAAAACGUUUGAUCUGUAUGCCAAUGUCCGCCCUUGCGUCUCCAUGGAGGGUUAUAAGACUCCUUACACAGAUGUGGACCUGGUUACUAUUCGGGAAAACACUGAGGGAGAAUACAGUGGCAUUGAACACGUGAUUGUGGAAGGAGUAGUGCAAAGCAUUAAGCUAAUUACAGAGCAAGCCAGCCGCAGGAUUGCAGAAUUUGCUUUUGAGUAUGCCAGGAGUAACCAAAGAAGCACGGUGACUGCAGUUCACAAAGCCAAUAUCAUGAGGAUGUCUGAUGGGCUUUUUCUGAAGAAUUGCAGAGAAGUUGCAGAGAACUACAAGGACAUAAAGUUUAAUGAAAUGUACUUGGACACAGUGUGCCUCAAUAUGGUCCAGGACCCCACAGAAUUUGAUGUACUCGUCAUGCCGAACUUGUAUGGUGAUAUCUUAAGUGAUUUGUGUGCCGGUCUGAUUGGAGGGUUGGGAGUAACGCCAAGUGGAAAUAUUGGUGCUAAUGGGGUAGCGAUUUUCGAGUCGGUUCAUGGCACUGCUCCAGAUAUAGCUGGGAAGGACUUGGCUAAUCCUACUGCUUUACUACUGAGUGCAGUCAUGAUGCUCCGGCACAUGGGGCUGCAGGAACAUGGACUCAAGAUAGAGACUGCAUGCUAUGACACCAUUAAAUCUAGAAAGACUUUAACUAAAGAUUUGGGUGGAAACUCUAAGUGUUCAGAGUUUACAGAUGAGAUCUGCCAAAGGAUACGGGACAGCGACUAAUUUACUUUGCUGGUUUCAGUCUCCAGCCCGGCCUGCUGACAUCACACGCACAUCAUAUAAUGCUCAUCCCGACUUAAUUGAACAGUGUCUUUUUCCCCUUAGACGAGACAUGGUAUACGAGUAUGCAGGGCAAUGUGCUGGAGGCCACUCUACUAAAGAAACAUGCCACAUCCAAAUUGAACCUUGCAGGCAAAUUAGAAAGCCACAUAAGAACAGAAUAGUCUGCCUACAUAUCGGACUUCUCCUAUAAUACUGUAACUUCUUACCUGUUUUGUCUUGUCAUUGCCUUUCUGGUCAACAUGCUCUUCAGGAGACAAGCUACAGUAUGUACUGCAGGCUUUUCAAAGCUGUGUUUAGUAAAAUGAUUAGCUUCAAGUAAAUUACACAUUUUGUAUAAUAUAUCGUCGCAAUACCAUAUAUUAUUGUUGUACAAUUGCUUCAUUUAAUCAUAUCUUUAAGUAAUGGUUCCAUUCAUGUAAACCAAACACUCCUUGAAUAUGCUGUGUCUCUAUAACAAGUCCUCUAUUUUUCAUUAUUUUUCAAUAUCCUAUCCAUUUCACCUGAGUAAAACAUGAAAUGUAUUCUCAUAUUCCCAAGUUGUGGUUUAGCUAACCUGUUCAGUUUUUAAAUCCACCGCCAGGGGGUGCUGCAGCACAUUGUUCUGUGAUAAGAAAGCACAGUCCAAAUCUCAACCCAGCUCUAUGAAUGUCUUGUCAUGUCUUGCCUUAAUCUUUUUCUUUUUGAAAGCUCUAUUUAUUGUAUAUCUGUGAGUGAAACUGCCUUGUACUUUCAUUGAAUGGCUCAUUUUUCUUUUUGCACUUGUUUCUAAAGGAAAUACAUUAAAUGUGCUGGGUGUUCCAAAGAGCUCA